AUGGAAUACAGCGAUUUAGAAGAAGAUACUCUUGGUAUGACUUUGACAUCUGGUACAUGUACUUUGAAAAAAGAUGCUCAAAAUUUAGUUGGAAUUAGUAUUGGUGGCGGUGCUCCACUUUGUCCUUGUUUAUAUAUUGUACAAAUAUUUGAUAAUACAGCAGCAUCACGAGAUGGUUCGUUAGCUGCAGGUGACGAACUUAUCUCAGUUAAUGGAAAAUCAGUUAAAGGACGAACUAAAGUUGAGGUAGCUAAGCUUAUUCAAGCUUGUAAAGCGGAAGUAAUUAUACAUUAUAAUAAAUUACAUGCACAACCAAAAGAAGGCAAAACAUUAGAUAUUGUUCUUAAAAAAAUGAAACAUCGUGUUGUCGAAACUAUGAGUUCAACAACAGCUGAUGCUCUAGGUCUCAGUCGGGCUAUUUUAUGCAAUGAUGGUUUAAUAAAAAAAUUGGAUGAAUUAGAAAGAACAUCAGAAUUAUAUCGUGGUCUUAUUGAACAUACACGUGCUGUACUUAAAGCAAUAUUUGAAUUAGCUCAUACACAUCGUAAUUUUGGUGAUGCAUUUGCUAAUAUUGGUGCACGUGAACCUCAGUUUAAAGCAUCCGAAGCAUUCACAAAAUUUGGUGAAGCUCAUCGACUAAUCGAUAAACAUGCUAUUACAUUGCUACGAACUGUUAAACCCAUGAUUGCGGAUCUGAAUACAUAUUUAACAAAGGCUAUUCCUGAUACAAAAUUAACUAUUGAAAAAUAUGCUGAUGCUAAAUUUGAGUAUUUGUCUUAUUGUUUAAAAGUGAAAGAAAUGGAUGAUGAAGAAUGCAGUUAUGCUGCACUUCAAGAACCACUUUAUCGUGUUGAAACAGGCAAUUAUGAAUAUCGUUUGAUUCUUCGCUGUCGACAAUUAGCUCGUGAGCGUUUUGCUAGAAUGCGUACUGAUGUACAAGUUAAAUUAGAACUGCUUGAUCAAAAACAUGUGCAAGAUAUAGUUUUUCAAUUGCAUCGUUUUAUAACUGCUCUGGAUAAAUAUCAUAAAGAUUGUAAUGAUGUUAUGAAAGAAGCUGAUAUAUUUCCAAUUGAAGUUGAUCUUACUUUACCAACACUUCGUGGAAUAGCAAAUGAUGAUGGAGAUGAUAUGGAUGAUGAAGAGAAUGAUAGUGGUUAUUUGAAUGAUGAUCAACAAGAUAUUAUGUCUAACCAACAACAAACAGUGAAAGAUGUGGAUUUGUUAAAUAUUGGUCAAUAA